UGUGGAUGAAAAAGCGAUUCAAAAAAUAAUAAUAAACUCUUAUUCUCGAGUGUGAGAAAAAGUGAGUGUAUAAACAGUGAAUAUACAAGUCACGAGGAAUUGCUUGUGAGCUGUGAGCACACAAGAAAAAAAUAAAUAAAUAAAUAAACUAGACAACGAAAACACCAAAAAGAAAAUACAAAAAGAAGAAGAAAUCUUAUAGACAGCAGAAUCAUGAACCUUAUUUUGAACACGACCAUAUUUGAUGAUGUCAAAAAUUCCACUUUGAUCUACUUGAAUGAUUCCACAAGUGGGGAAAAUUUUCAAAAUGAUUCGGUAACAGAUCCAACUAUCGUAGAAUAUUAUAAUGAAUAUCCUUGUCCACCUGCCGAUUAUCCAGAGUUUGAGUUUUGGACUAAUGGAAUCCUACUUAAUCUUGUGGGAUUUUUUGGGAUUUUUGGGAAUGUCAUAUCGAUGAUUAUUCUCUCUCGUCCUCAAAUGAAAUCUAGCAUAAAUUACUUACUUAUUGGCCUAGCGCGAUGUGAUACUAUUUUAAUUAUAACAUCCAUGUUGCUGUUUGGUAUACCUGCCAUUUACCCAUUCACUGGAUUUCUACGUUAUUACUAUUUCCGCUUACUACCCGCCAUUUCACAUGUUGUAUAUCCACUAGCGAUGAUUGUACAAACAGCGAGUGUUUAUCUAACAUUAACUGUGACACUUGAACGAUAUGUUGCCGUAUGUCAUCCACUUCGUGCUAGGGCAUUAUGCACAUAUGGAAGGGCGCGAUUCUAUGUUAUAGUAAUAAUUAUCUUUAGCAUUUGCUACAACGUACCCAGAUUUCUAGAAGUCGAUUUAAAAGAACAUCCAGAUGAUGAAUUUGAAUUUGGGUAUUGUAUCUCGGCAACAGAUUUACGUGCCGACUACACAUAUAUCAACAUUUACAUUCAUUGGCUUUAUUUAGUGUUUAUAUACUUUAUUCCAUUCUCUGGCUUAAUGGUUUUUAAUUCGAUGAUCUAUCAACAAGUACGAAAGGCAAAUCGUGAACGACAAAGACUGAGUAGAACGGAAAAGCGUGAGAUUGGUCUCGCGACAAUGCUAUUUUGUGUUGUCAUUGUAUUUCUAUGCUGUAAUAUUUUGGCUCUUCUCAUAAACAUCAUUGAAGCACUGCAGCAACAAAUCUACGAUCGUUUAGUGAAAACAUCAAAUCUCUUAGUGACAAUAAACUCAAGUGUAAAUUUCAUAAUUUAUGUGACAUUCGGUGAAAAAUUUAAAAGAAUAUUUCUUCUGUUAUUUUGUAAAAGACGCGUCGGACGUGACUCACCCGACAUACUGCCCGAUGAUAGUUCAUUUUCGAACGGUGACGCAAGUAAUAGAAACUCUGGGCGGUUUCAACGUGUUGGAACAACCAGAAGUAGUACGCGGAACGGAACGAGUAUUAAAGUGAAUCGAACGACAAGAAUAAACCGUGCUCCAUCGCCGGGUCCAAUCGUUUAUUAUCCAGCUCGUGAAACGUUACCACGACCCUCAAACAUUUCAAUUACACGCAGUACAUCUCUCAUAAAUACAGAUUGGAAUCGGGAGGAUCUAAACGGAAAUGCACUGAUUUCGUCAGCGUUCUGAAAUAAAUGUUCAAAAUCAGAAACUUGAAACAUUUACAAUCACGUAGCUGUUACUUCAUCCUUUUCAAACGAGGGUAAAUAGUGAGAAAUUGUUGCUGUUGUUAUGGGUUGCAUGACAACAGAAAAAAAUUUAACAAAAGGACUGUAAGCAAAACGUAUUGCCAUACAUAUGUGAUUUGACAGAGAUGUUUGUGAGUAGAUGACCAUAUUGCAUACAUCAAAUAAAAUAAAAAAGAUUUUAUAUAACAAUAUGUGGCAAUAAGCAUAAGUUUUCAAUCCUAAAAUUAUUGGGAACUUAUGUUUACAUAUUUGAAACAGAGGAUCACAUUCUUUGGUACAAAAGAAAAUGGAACGAUAUAGUUGUUUGAUAAAAGAACGUUAAGAUAGGCAGUAAGUAAUUUGUUUCUUAUAAGUUACUUAUCUUGUGAGUGCGAGG